UCCUGGGCGGGGUCAGUCUACCUCAUUCGACGUAAGGAGGGAAACUGUCUAGAGCAGCAAUACCCGAACCCGGACGAAACCCGGCGACAAGAUACCUGUCGACUAGGACACUUGAACCCAGACUUAUUUACCACCAGCUGCUGUUACUCCGGUGACUUCCGCGGCGUUAUGUAGUCCAGAGAAACCGGAUACCACAGCCGUUACCAGGAAAAAGACUUCCGCUGAGGAGCUCGGCGCGGGGAGAACCGUUGCCGUCGAUAUUUACUGGAAAGCAUCGGCAUGUAGAAGCCCAGUGUUAGGCAUGGCUGAAAGGCUGUCAGACACCAAGAAGCGAGUCCCCAAGGUGCUGCAUGAGGACGAGCCCUUGUGCUGCUGCGAGUACGUGAACAGACUGGGAGAGCGCAGCCAUGUGGCAGCCUGCUGCUGUGACUGUGAAGACCUGGAUGACACCUGUGACAGGUUUCUAAAGAGGGAGCCGCAGAAAUCUGAAUCCCUAACAAAUGUGACUGAAAUCAUCAAAGACCGGAUUCGUGUGCCCUGGCUGUGGGGUGGAGCCCGAAAAGUGGACCUGACCAUCAUCCCUCCUCUUAUCCUUCUUCCUGUCCUUCUCCAUCUCGCAGCUCUCCACUUCCUGCUUGGCAUGGUGAUUCUGACAGCUCUGCCCGGCCUGGUGCUAUGGUACUACUAUUUCACUCACCGCAAGAAGGGACGGACGCUCUUCUUCCUCAGUCUUGCACUCUUCUCCCUGGGAUACAUGUACUACUUGUUCAUCACAGAGGUGCUUCCCAACGGGGAUGUCAGCCUGGGCCAGGUAGCCGUGGUAACUGCUGGGGUCAUACUCACCCUGGUAGCUCUUGUCCACACCAAGAGAGAGCCUGGCAUUGUGCGGCCAAACCAAGAGUCCGUCCACAGCACAGUGACGUACCACAGCCCUCUGGCAGACAGGGACCCCGCUCUCAAUGGAGGGAGGCAGGAUGUGACGAUGACCGUAGCCAACCGGGCUGGACGGUCGGAGGAGGCGGGCGUGGAGCUGAAGGAAGGCAGCCGAAGGAACUGGUGUCCGGUGUGCAGGGUGGUGCGGCCCCCGAGGGCUGGACAUUGUCGGAUCUGUGGUGUCUGCGUGCUGCGUCUCGACCACCACUGUGUCUGGAUAAACAGCUGUGUGGGGCAGGCCAAUCACCGCAGCUUCCUGCUUACGCUCGUCCUCUUCCUGUUGACGUCCCUGUACGGUAUCAGUCUGGUGCUACAGAGCGUGUGUCCGAAACAACACCUCUUCACUGCCCUGCUCUACUGCCCGGGGGUCUACGACGAAUACAGCACUGCACUCUGCUUCACCUGUGCGUGGUACAGCAGUAUCGUGACCGGUGGGCUGUUACACCUGCUGGUGGUGCAAGUGAUCAACGUCAGCUACAACGUGACCGAACGCGAGGCACGUGUUGCCCUGCGAGACAAAACCGCUCGCAGUGCCUACUGGGGACUCGUUGUGGACACCGGUGUCUACUCUCGAGGUUUCCGUGGAAACUGGGCAGAAUUCAUGACCAUGGGACAAAAACUGAAUCCUCCAUCUCCCACGCCAACAGACCUGGUGUAAGAGACUGUUAUGCACCCCUAAAAAAUGAGCUUGGAGUUUAUGGCUGCUGUUCUGGUCAUGUCCACUGGAUGGCAGCAUAACUCCUUUCACUCUGAUUUAUAUUUGUUGGCCGUCUUCUGCUUGGCAGCAAAUCUGAGAGCUGUCAGGACUGAUAUCACUGGGUUGCGCUGACUUUGACACAUAGCAAUAACAACUGUAAACCCCAAUAAGACACAUUCACUGCCAUUAAUGUCACUGACAGCUGGCAUCUCCUCUAUGCAGCCGUAUCCACUCACUGACCUUUAAUUUUCUUCCACUGCUGCCUCAUUCCAACCCUCUCGUCAGUCUCUUAGCCAAACAAAUAUACUGUGUCCUUUACAAUGACUGUCUUCCCUGGACUUGAACAUUGUCUUUAUUUCCCCCCCUACAUUCUAGUGCCUUGCUGAUAGUUGACAGACAAGAAAAAUGUGAGAAUGAGUAAUUUCUUGAUCCUCAUAGGGACAUUUUCCCUGAGCACAGCGUCAGUAACGAGAUGACGUCUCUCUAGUUCGUCAGUCCUGCACAAGGCAACGGGCUGAAAAUCAUUUCAAGGAUGGUAUCUCAGCACACUACACCUCCUUUGUACUCCCCAACAGUUAUCUGCUGUGUUGUGAAAUGUGUCGUGGAUAUUUAUCACAGAUAAAUGAAACAUCUCAGCACAAGCAACAUAAUGGGCCUGAUUGAAGUCCUGCUAUGUGUCACAGCAUUAAAUAUAAUGAACGCUUAGGCUGAAUAUAGAGAGUGGUUUCUUUUCAAAAGGAUUCCUGAAUGAAACAGCUCUAGAAGUAUGAAAAAGCAAAUAAAUCAAUACGCAUUAAUGUCAGCUUUAGAGGUUUUCAGUGCUUUCUGCUGAAUGUCUACUGCUGCUUUUAUUACUCCACAGAGGGUUUGGUAUCUUAAGCUUGUAUAUGCUUGUAUAUGUCCAGUUGUGUAUUUGUAUGAAAUGGUUUUUAUUUAUUUAUAUUAAAUGAAUGUGAGAAUGUA